AUGGAUGCACCGCAGCGCAUGGUGAGCGACGAGGCGCUCAGGACAAUGUUCUCGGGCGUGCGGAGGCGGCGCCGCGGAGCGUCCCAUGUGGCAACGGGAGCCGCGGACACAGCAGGCCAGGCACCGGAAGACGGGCGGCUGGUGUCGCGGGUCGGAUGCGGGCUGACUCGAGUGCCGCGGCUGCGAACUCGAGUCGCUGCGCAUGUCUCACGGCUCAAUCUCUACGACAACCGCCUCGGCGAGCGUGCUGACCUCAUGGCGGUCCUCGACGCGCUGCCAGCGCUGUGUCACCUCAACCUUGCAGCCAACGGCAUUACCCGCCCUGCGCUCAAGGCACUCGCAGCACUUCCGCUCGCAGGCCGCCUCGUCUCGCUCGAUCUCUCACACAACGACAUCUCCGGUCGCCUUCCACGCACCUUUCUGCCGGCGCUCAAGGCACUUGUCUCGCUCCAUCUCAAGGGCAAUGCGCUCACCGGCGUGGCAGGCAAGGCGCCAGCGCUGGCAACGCCGUCGCAGCUGCAGACCCUUGAUCUCACCGCGGCCUACUCGUCGCACGAGGGCAACGGUAUGGCACGGAUGCUGCAGCAGGCUUUCACCGUAAUGCCACGGUCGCUCCUCGCGUCGGGCACCGCGCUCCGCGAGUUGUAUCUCACCAACCAGCAGUUGACCGAUCUGGAUCCGGUCGGCCUGCGGUGUUGCACAGCGCUCCGCAAGCUCAUGCUCGGCAACAACCUAUUUACUCAGCUGCCGGCGGCGCUCCCGAACCUGCCUGCGCUUACCUGGCUGGACAUGUCCAAGAACUUGCUCACCACCGAGCCGCUCGCCUUGGCGACGGCGCCGCGGCUCAAGCUCCUUCGCCUGCACGGCAACGGCUUUGACGACGAUCGCGAGUUCAAGGAGCUGGCCAAUAGCCAGCGCGACGGCGAGCUCAUCGCUGCACUGCACAACCGCGCGGUGGCUGCCGGUGCCCAUGACGACGUCAUCGGGUGA